AUGGCAAGCAACUUGUCAAGAUCGGUUGCAGGGAGACUUGCUGGUACACUUUUGGCCAACGGCGGCGUCGCGAAAGCCGGCCCAUCGCUGGCGAACUGGCUGCUGCGGUCUUCCGUCAGGUCUUAUAACAGGGACGAAUCUGGCUAUGGUGGGAGAGGACGCAGCGGGUACAACCGAGGUGGUAAUGACGGUGGCCGUCCAAGGUACUCCCAAAAUAGGGGUGGUGGCUACCGCGGUGGCUACCGCGGUGGUGGAAACGGUGGCAGGUUUCCUAACAGAAGAGGCCACGGGCGGGAUGUUGAGGAUCCGAACGCUAUUACUUUCCAGAAGGAAACUUUGGCGAAGUUGGUUCACCUACCUGUUGAGGAGAAUCCUGAGGAGGUCACUCUAGAUAAACUGCAUGAAGAUAACGUUAUUGAUAAAAUGCUUCAUAAGUCUAUAUCGAGAAUGGGGUUCCCUGAGUUAACCUCUGUGCAACAGAAGACCAUCAAACCGAUUUUGGAAGACAAAGAGAAUGAUGUAAUUGCGAGAGCCAAGACGGGGACAGGUAAAACGUUUGCGUUUUUAAUCCCGAUCUUCCAACACUUGAUCAACACACAGUUUGACUCGCAGUACAUGGUCAAGUCUGUCAUUGUUGCACCAACUAGAGAUUUGGCCUUGCAGAUAGAAGCAGAAGUACGGAAGAUCCAUGACAACAACUAUGGCCUGAAGAAAUUUCAAUGUAUUUCCUUAGUUGGUGGGACCGAUUUCAGAAGAGCUAUGGACAAAAUGCACAAGCUGAGACCAAACAUCGUCAUUGCUACACCAGGUAGAUUGAUUGAUGUAAUGGAAAAGUUUGGCAAGAAGUUUUUUGGCUGGGUCGACUUCAAAGUACUUGACGAAGCCGAUAGAUUGCUUGAGAUCGGGUUCAAAGAAGACUUGGAGCAAAUUUCCGAGAUGCUAAACUCGCUGAAUGGUCAUUCAAAGGAUCACAUUAGAACGUUGUUGUUUUCCGCUACUUUGGAUGAAAAAGUGCAAGGGUUGGCAAACCAGAUCAUGAACAAGCCCAAAUGUUUGUUUAUCGACACUGUUGACAAGAAUGAACCGGAAACGCACGAGAAAAUUGAGCAGUCACUUGUUGUCACCAAGGAGUUUGGCCACAACAUUUAUGCUGCGAUUGAACACAUCAAGGCCGAACUACUAGAGGAUCCUAAAAAUUACAAGGCAAUCUUAUUCACACCUACUGUGAAAUUUACCAAAUUCAUCUCGAGAAUUCUAGACCGCGAGCUGAGAGGUAAAUUACGCGUUUUAGAGUUCCACGGUCAAAUUUCUCAGUCCAGAAGAACCAAUUUGGUAAAGGAGUUCAAGCAAGAUCGCCCAGGUUUGCUAGUUUGCACAGACGUUGGUGCCCGUGGUAUGGAUUUCCCAAACAUCAAGGAAGUCCUUCAGAUUGGUCUGCCCUCUGAACUAGCCAACUACAUUCACAGAAUUGGUAGGACUGCGAGAAGUGGGAAAUCGGGUAAAUCCGUCAUUUUUCUUUGCAAGGACGAGUUACCCUUUAUUACAGAAUUGAAGCACAGAAGAAACAUUGAGAUUGCGAACGUCACUGAGUACACUGAACCAUCCAAUGAAUUGCUAGAGGAUUUUGCACUUAAAAUUGAGUUCCCCGAAGAGUUGUCAGACUCUGUAGUAAGUAUGAUCUCUUAUUACAGAUCGUGCAUUAAGGAAUAUAGAUUGAGAGACAGACAACUGCUACCCUCCAUUGCCAGAACGUAUGGUAUGUUAUUGAAUGAACCAGAUAGGAAAAUUCCAAUUCAGAGUUCCAGCUUUUUAGAGAAACUUGGCUUCAGUCGUAAUCCCCUAGCGAAGCAAAUGUUCGAAAUCUCUCACAGAAGACGUUACACAGACGAAGACCGUUACAAUGCCCAAGCCGAUGGCGAAGAUUCUAGUUUUGGAGGAGAUGAUGCAUUUGAUAGAUAUAACAGACCACAGCGUCGUUUUAACAAUGACAGAAAUAACUACAGGCAGAAUUCAGACGGUGGCAACUACCACAGCAACAACCGAAGCAACAGCUACAAUCGGAAUUCAAACCGCAACAACAAUCCGAGAGAGGACUCUUACAGAAGCAGACGUUCCGAGUACAACGCUCAAGCCGAUGAAUAG